AUGAGUGCAAGAAAUGAGAAUUUAUUGAAUGAACGAAUCGCAAAAUGGCUUAUCAAACAGACGUUUUAUCAUGGUUAUUUGCCGCGCGAUGAUUUGCCGUUUAUUUUGAAGAAGCGGGGCGAUUUCAUUGUUCGGACCACUGAGGUGAGUUAGCCAAAAUCCUGAGAAAAAAAACAAAAAAUUCUGCAUCAGCCCGAUGCGGGGCUCGAACCCGCGACAGCCAGAUUAAGAGUCUGGUGCUCUACCGACUGAGCUAACCGGGCGCACAGCGCCUCCUGUUUGGAGUUUUCUUCAAAACCGGUUUUGUUUCAGCGUCCAACUGGUAAAUCUCGCCGCCGUGAACUUGUUCUAAGUAUCGCUUGGCCCGAUGGAAACGGCGAGAAAAUGAUCGCAGUGAAAGAUGUGAGAAAUAUUGUCAUCGAGAGAUCAGCAGCCGGUUGCUACAUCGACAAUCUAUUCAAAUUCGCAGGUCUCGACCUCCUCUUUGAAUAUUACAAAACCAAUCCCAUCAAACUCCACAAAACCAAUGUUUUAAUGCGAAUAACUCGUCCAAUUGGUCUUCGCUCUUGGGAAUAUCGUCACUCUCAAGUUUUGAUGGUCAAAAAGGUUGGACAAGGCGCGUAUGGCGAGGUUUUCAAAGGAAAAUUGAGAAAAGCCAAGGGGAAGAUGCUGGAAGUUGCGGUGAAAACAAUGAAGGGGGAUACUGAAGCAUCAGAUGCGCGAAUGAAAGAAGUUAUGGCUGAAGCUAGACUCAUGAGAGCUCUAAACCAUCCGAAUAUUGUGAGAAUUCGUGGCAUCGCUGUACUCGAACAACCACUUUAUAUAAUCAUUGAUUUUAUAAAUGGUGGAGGUUUGGAUUCAUAUCUCAAAAAACAUGCAUCAUCUCUCACACUUGAAACCAAAAACAAAAUGGCGAUUUCGGCAGCUUGGGGCUUGGAAUUUAUGCAUUCACAAAAUAUAUUGCAUCGUGAUAUUGCGGCAAGAAAUUGUUUGUAUGAUACGAACACUUUUGUCAAGUUAUCCGAUUUUGGGCUUUCGAGAAAAGGCGAAACGUAUACGAUGAAAGAGGCGAGGAAAAUGCCGACGAAAUGGAUGUCGCCGGAAUCGUUGACGACUUUUGUUUUCACGCGAGCUUCGGAUGUUUAUAGUUAUAGCGUGAGUUGAGAGACGGGGAAAAGUUUUGAAAAUAAGUUUUCAAGAUUGUCUAGAAAUAAAAAAAUUUUCUUUUCAGGUCCUCCUCUAUGAAAUCUACACUUGCAAAGAACCCUUCCUUGGUGUCAACGGUGGCGAAGCGAAAAAACGAAUUCUGGCCGGACAAUUUCCAAGUUUCGAAAAAGAAUCGCCGUCCGAAAUGUGGAAUAUGGUGAAAAAGAAGAUUCACAAUAUCGAUCCAAAAAAGCGAGCAACAAUGAAAGAAAUUGUAAAAGUAUUGGAAGAAUGGCUUCAACUUGAAUUAGUAUUAGAAGCUGAAGAGCAAGAAAAAGAGGAAAAUGAUGAGCCACCAGCUGGAGGAAUUGAUUCGAAAAGACGAAAAAGUAAAUCGGAUAAUGGAAGAAGAACUCCGAAAAGUAAAUCGGAUACAAAUCAAAAUAAGAAGGCUGGAAAUAGUGGAGAUUCGAAUAAUGGAAGAUCAAGUUUGACUACGGUUACGAAAGAUACUGAAAAUACAAAGGAUUCUGGUGGAGGUGUGGAAUUGAAAUUGGAUGAGGAUGAAAAGAAGGAUGUGACAGAUGAGAUGAUGAAAAAAGAGGAUAAUACAACUGAUAAAGAUGUAUCGAUUGAGAAUAGAAAAACUGAUGAAAAGAAAAAGAAAAGUGUUGAAAGUGAUGAAAAAGUUAGUGAAGAGAAAAUGAGUGGAAGUUAUGAGAAGGUUAAAGAAUUGCCCCUUUGA